AGGCGGACUCGGCGCCGCAACAGAGGUCCUGCUCGAAGGACGCCGCCGCGGGCUCGCCCUCCACCUCGAGCUUCCUGCAGCUGCCGCCCCCCGGCCCGCCCAUCACCAACAGCCUGGCGUCGGGCGGCCACCCCAUCAUGGGUCCCGGCGGCCACCACAUGCCCCCCCACCACCCCAUGAUGAUGGCCCCGCACCCCCCCAUCCUGGGCGGCCCCCACGGCGACGAGUACCUGUCCGUGGAUCACGACGCCCACGACCUCAUGCGCCCCACGGACUUCCUCAUGAAGGGCAUCCAGGAGCCCAUCAUGGGCCUCAUGAAGAUCCUCAACCCUUGGAAUAUCCUCAACCGCUUCCGAGGGUGAGCUGGCGGGUGCCCCUCGCCUCGCCCUCGCCUCGCCCUCGACGCCCACACGCCCGUAUCUCGCGCCCGCCAAACGGUGUUUCUUGUAAUCAUAGUCCUGUAGUGUGUUUAGUCGGCCCUGUACCCUCCGUGUUCAUUAUCUGUGUUGUGAGCGCAUCAUGCUAUGGUUGUAACAGUUGAAAUGCGCGCAGGCGUACGCAUAUAUCCUGUUUUUUUUUUUUUCAUUUUCUCUACAGAUAUUGUCCCAUAUCCUGUUUUCUUUUAAAUUCUCUCUACAGAUAUUGUCCCAUUUUGUGGUUCCUUUCUGGUUUUGAGGCGUUGUUCUCGUCCGCGGGGGAUGUAUGGCUCUCGCGACGAUCUCGUUAGUGUUCGUGUUCAAGAGGUCAGUCCCGGUCUAAGUGGGAGUUCUAUUUUUUGAGAGUCAGAUGUCAUAAGUAAUAAGGAAAUGUGAGAUGUAAUUAUAUGUAAUGAUGAAGGACUGUGAAGGGGAUGGGUGCAGUCAGCCAUAUUUCGAAGACGUGGAUUCGUAUUUCUUGUUCGUAUAUACAGCUUUAUUGUUUUAUGUAAACAAUUUAUUCUGCUGAGUUUCGUAUGACAUGUUUAAUGGGUAAAAUGCUUUCUUCAUCACUAGAUUUUGAUUUUAAAGCCACAAGGCAUAUGUAUAUUCAUGGAUAGAAAACGGAUACUAAAAUUUGUGUAGGGAGACUAUUGUAAACUUAGAAAUAAUCGUCACUUCAUGUAACAACUGUCAUGCAUUCAUUUUCUGUACAUUGUCGUGUAUAGUUUUUUUAUAUUAUAUUUCAUCUUCCCCUAAGGGCGCCCAUACGUUAUCUAAUUGGUUCAGAACAUUGCUACUGCUCCUUGCAAAUUUUGGCAAUAUUGGAAUGAUUUGAAAACAAAAGUACAAUUAUUAAUAUUCACACCAUCAAACAAAUUAAUUUUUGAAGUUAUUUGGCUCAAAAGAUCGUCAUACAAAACAAAAUCAAUUAUGUAGGAACAGGUUGUUGAUAAUUAGCAUAAUUAUUCAUUCAAUUCCCACGUGUUACUUGGUAUGUCGUCCCUGAUAUCAGUACAGUAGUAUUUAAGACUUCUAAAAAAUGCGGGUGUACUCAUUUAAGACUUGUAUAAACUGUAUAUGUCAGUUACUCUAUUGUAUUGUGCGAAUACACAUAUGUCGCAUGUCUAUAGCUGUACACAUUGUAUAUAAUCUUAGCGUAGAAUUUUCUACCUAUAUGAAAUACCUAUAAUGAAAAUUGAGUACCUAUCCUUAAGUGCUUAACGCACGACGCACAAAAAAAAAAAUUGAUCAACAAUGAAAAAAGAAAUCUUAAUGUUAUUGUUAUCAGAUAAACUUGGUGGGGUGGGGGGAGGGACAGUGCCACCCCCACCCCCUCUUUAUAAAACAGUACAGAUAAAAGAGAUGACAGACGUUUUUAUAACUUGAACACAUUCAUUUCUUUUCUCAUCUCAUAUAUCAUGCAAACUAUAAAAGAAAGCUAAAAAAAAAGAAGAUAUAUUAAAAAUAAAAAGGAUAAAAGUAUAUCCAUUUUCCUCUUGGGUUACUGAAGAGUCCUGACCCAAGAUACUGCAUGUUGUCCACAGAGCAUAGGACUGUCACCAAGAGACACAUAUAACGAAAGAGGCUAUUUAUUGUAUUUAUAUAUACAGUGCUUUAUAUUCUGUAUGCCAAACUCAAUAAAAUUAUGCAAAUGAGAAA